GGGACUGUUACGCAUUGACCAGGAAGCAAUGUCGAGUAGUGGUAAAGGUAAUCUGAAAUCCUCUACUAUUUCUGCAUGAAAAGAAGUAGCUAGCUAUAAAUCUUUAUGAAUGUCCACUGAAAAAGGCUUUGCAUUAUACAAUGACGAUACAACGGCGAGGAAAUUCGAAAAUCCCAGACGCCAACGGGAUUGAGAAAAAGAUCAAAAGGGGUAAUGCUCUGAGGCAGGCGUCAGCAUGGCGGGGGUCCCGUGGCUCUCUGCUAGUAGUGGUGGUGGCGGCCCUUGCUGUGGUGGGAACCCUCACCUGGCUCUACCUGGCCUCAGGGGACCCUUACACCACAGAGACCCUGGUCAGACAGGCCGAGGUGAUUGCUCAGCCAAGGGUCUACACUGUGGAUUGUUCUGAGGACUAUGAGAACUACAAACGCUACCCAGGAUGCACUCCCCAAACAUGUGGCCGAGCCAUCACAGACAACUCGGUGACCAGGGAGGAGGCCAUGGCCCUCAGGAGGUUGGCAGAGAGGGGUCUGGCUCUAGCUGGUUCAGAUGGAGGGGCUUCCAUCCUCGACCUGCACUCUGGGGCUCUGUCGAUGGGGAAGCAGUUUGUCAACAUCUACAGGUACUUUGGGGAGCAGAUAACAGAUGUAUUCUCUGAAGAGGACUUCCGCCUCUACAGGGAGGUGCGUGGUCGUAUUCAGGCAGUGAUAGCGGAGACAUUUGACCUGGACCCGUCUCUUCUAUACCUCACCAAGCCCACCUUCUUCUCACGCAUCAACAGCACACUGGCCAAGACACAGCACGACGAGUACUGGCACCCUCACAUAGAUAAGGUAACCUACGGAUCCUUUGACUACACCUCUCUGCUCUACCUGUCUGACUACGGAACAGACUUCACCGGAGGGAGGUUCAUCUUCAUGGACUCCAAUGGCAACCGCACUGUGGAACCGCGAGCAGGGCGGGUAUCGUUCUUUUCCUCAGGGUCGGAAAACCUUCAUCGCGUAGAGCAGGUUUCGUGGGGAACGCGCUACGCCAUCACAGUCUCCUUCACCUGUGACCCCGCCCACGCCAUUGCAGACCCCGCCAUGCCCAUAACCUCUGUGUGACAGUGUCGCCUGGAGGACUCCUGCAACACAGAGAAAGGAAAGGAAAGGAAAGGAAAGGAAAGGAGAGGAGGAGAGAAAAGGGUGGUGAGGAGAGAAAAGAGGGGGCAGAUAUGUGAUUUUCCCUGAUAAUUCAGCAACACCUGAUUUCCUUCAGAAAAUCAGAAAUACUAUUUUCUAUAUCAGCAUCUUAUAAUUAAACUGAACAGAAAUUAAUGCUUUUUACUUUUCUAUGUGGUGUUGAUCACAUCACUGAUGGUAGAGGCAAGGAGAAGGACAAAUGAUAAUACACACUGGUCUAAGAUCAGUUUUCCAUACAGUUCCACCGGCCUCCAUCAGGGGCUACAAAACAAAAACUGUCUGGAUCAUAUUAUGUGCCACUUUUAUCUGUGCCAAAGUAAACAGGGUGUACUUUUUUCUGACAAUAAGAUUCCAUCACAUUCCACUUACUACACAGUAUGUUCUUCACAAUCUAAAUUAAGUGAUUUAAAAGUAAAUUGUUUUGAUACAAUGUUUUGUCAUUUUUCUUUUCUGUGUCACAUUUCCAUUCCAUGGUUAUCUCUAUAUUGAUUGUGUUGCAGAAUUGGUCAAAUGUAGUCCCGGUACAAGUCUCUUCAGCUAACAUUCCACUCCUUGCCACUCCUCCUUGGCAAUGAGAAAGAGUGUCAAGGUGUGGAAUGUUAGCUAAAGAGACUGGUACUUAGGCUAGGUCAAAUGCAUUGUCUAAUUUCAACUUUGCCUUGUUUAUUCCUCUGUUUGUUUCUCUUUCAAUGUUUGUGCACCAAUGGUUUUUGCUCCACUAGAAACUGAAUGGCUCAAAGCACAAACAGGCCUCAGAGAAAUGGGUUUUGGAGAGGUGGAGUAGUGGUAUUUGUACACCUCUUGACAACUUUCCAAUUCCUCUUGUGAAAGUAUCAACCUGUUGAAGCACCAAAGUGCACUUCCAUGCCAUUCACUCUCAUUUACAUAGGGAAUGGGACCAGUGACAAUGUGUUUUCUUCUGAGAAGAAACCCCACAGUUGAAAAGUAAUUUGUCUUUUUUAUGUGUCAAGCUUAUCAUUUGAUCAAAUGGGAUAUUAUUUGAAGAUUGUCAGUGGGAUUUGGAAGAAAUAAAAGAACCCGAAGUAACCUAGUUUUGGACAACAAAAUCAUUGAAGGGGAGUGAAUGAGUGCAGAAUUGGGCUUAUGACUUAGAAAGUUGUGGCAUCACCUCACCACCCUUGACUAUCUGAAGCACACUAAGCUCUUUAGGAAGUCAUUGUAGGAUCCUUUUCCCAUUUUACGCCCUGAUGCUCAGGACAAGGCACAGUGUUUCCAAUUUCUAGCUGGUCCAUGCAUCUGCUUAUGAAGCUUGCUUCCCUAAAUGAAUCAGGAGGAUGCUCGUGGAAUCCAUACCGUGACAAAAUGCAUUUUUAUUCUUAACCCCUCUAUCCACUUACUCCCAAACAAUUUGAAAUAAAAUAUUAUUGGGAAAAAAUGAA